CCCAGGCGUCCCAACUCUGAAACAUCCCAUUAGUCAGUCUAAUUAGGGAGCUCUGAACCACAGUGGGAUUUAGGGAGGAAGACAGAAUUCUGCUAAUCUCCCUGGAAAAGGCUAAGGAAUCAAUGUUUCUUCCCACUUGUAGGAUACUUGAUACCGCUUUUGUAUUUGAUUUUCCUAGCAACCUUUUUGAUUACAUUCAAAAGAUUUUUUUGAGCACCUUCUAUAUUCAAGACCUUACGCUGAGAAUCCUGGCCUUUUCCUUUAAGACACUUAUGACACAUUCAAGUGCAUAGACAUUUCUGUGAUUUUCUUUUGCUUAAUGUCUAUCUCCUCCACUGGACUAUAAGUUCAGUGAAGGCAGAAAUCAUCUCCAUCUUCUUCCCCGCCAAAUCUUCAGCACCUACGGCAGUGCCUGGCAAACAGUAGUCACUCAGUAGACAGUUACAGAAAAAAAAUAAUAAAUCCAGAGGACUUGGGACCUGGGGACGGUCUUUAAUUUUGUAAAGGCAGUGCGUAGAAGCAGCCUCUUAGCCUGAAACAUAGUAGAUGUUCAAUAGGCAUUAACUCAACUCAACGAAUAAUAACAGGAAACACUAACACGGUGCCUAUUGUGUGCCAGGCACUAUGCUACGCACUUUCCACUCAUUCACUCAUCUAAUCCUCAGAAAAGCCCUAUUACUACUAUUAGUAGUAAAAGCUACUAUUACUAUCCCUGUUUUACAGAUGGGGAAACUGAGGCACAGAAGUUCACCAACUUGUAAGCGGCAGAGCCGAGAUUUGCACCCCAGCUAUCCGGCUCUCAAAUCCAUGUCCCUAACCACUACACUGCCUUCCCACGACGAAUGCUCAAACUGAGAUCUAGAGAGAGAGAGAGCAAUUUGCGAAGACGUCACAGGAAUAACAUGGUGGAGGCGGGCCUGGAACCCAGGUCUGCGCUCUGUGAAAUGUUCCUCCCGCUCUAUCAUAUGGUAUCUGGCUGCUGACACAGAGCCCCUGGGAAUAGAGGCGCCAGGACGGAUCUGAGAAGUCUCGCUAUCUGUGCAGAAAAAGGCCCAGGUUGACUGGGUAGGUCUCCGCAGAAGACAGGAGCCAAAGAUCAGCAUCUAGGGCAGAAACAAGUAUCAUCACCAGGUCUCCCUCCUUAAGCAGGGAAGUAGGUUGCUUUUCAGAGAUCCUCUUGGAGGUCUCUUGGAGGUCUCUGAGAGAAUGGUCUCUUUUCCUGCGCUCAUUUAUCAGGGACUUCCCCACACACCGCCAGAAACUCCCCAAGGCCAGAUCUGCCUUGUUAUAAUGGAACACACGUGAAGAAAGGCUAGAUGUUAGAGCGAUAUUAGAGAGAUUAGAUGGGGUGAUCUGAAACCUGGUAUGUGUAGGAAGCUUGGGGCGGGGUCAGGGCUGACAAAAGGGAAGACUGGAGUAAAGGUGAGGUCAAACCUCAAAUCUUCAACAGCUAAAGGGGCUCCGUGAUAAGAGACUAGAGCGAAGCACCUUAUAAUCAGCUCAGCUUUAGAGGUGCAGGCCUUCUGUUUGGGCUUCUUGCCACAGCAGAAGAACACCACGGCCAUGGCCUCCCUCUCCAGACUAGAUCUUCGGGAAUGCCUCCAAACCCUGUCUGUCUUGCAGUGGCUCCCAGUCUACGUAUUUUUAGGAAUGAUUCCUGUUUUUCUUAUACCCUACUUUCUGGUGUUCACUAAAUUCUGGAUCUUGUCUGUGCUUGCCUUAGCCUGGCUCGCCUAUGAUUGGAAUACCCACAAUCAAGGUGGUAGGCGUUCAGCUUGGGUACGAAAUUGGACCCUCUGGAAGUAUUUUCAAAAUUAUUUCCCAAUAAAGCUGGUGAAGACUCAUGACCUCUCUCCCAAACACAACUAUAUCAUUGCCAGUCACCCCCAUGGCAUUGUCUCUUAUGGUGUGUUCAUCAACUUUGCUACUGAGGCCACUAGCUUUGCUCGGAUUUUCCCAGCCAUCACUCCUUCCGUAGGGACCUUGGAAUGGAUCUUCUGGCUCCCAAUUGUGCGAGACUAUGUGAUGUCAAUGGGUGUGUGCCCAGUGAGUGGCUUGGCCUUGAAGUAUUUGCUGACCCAGAAAAGCACAGGAAAUGCUGUGGUUAUUGUGGUGGGUGGAGCUGCUGAAGCCCUCUUGUGCCGACCAGGAGCCUCUACCAUCUACCUUAAAGAACGUAAAGGUUUCGUGAAGUUGGCACUGAAGACAGGAGCAUACCUUGUCCCUUCCUAUUCCUUUGGAGAGAAUGAGGUUCACAAUCAAGAGACAUUCCCUGAGGGCACAUGGAUAAGGUUCUUCCAAAAAACCUUCCAGGCCACAUUCAAAAAAAUCCUGGGACUAAAUUUUUGUAUCUUCCAUGGCCGAGGCCUCACUCGAGAAUCCUGGGGCUUCCUUCCUUUCAAUCGGCCCAUUACCACUGUUGUCGGGGAGCCCCUGCCAAUCCCCAAGAUUAAGAGGCCAGACAAGAUGACGGUGGACAAGUACCAUGCACUCUACAUUGAUGCCUUGCGCAAGCUGUUUGACCAGCACAAAGUUCAGUAUGGCCUUCCUGAGAGCCAGGAGCUGACAAUCAUAUAACAGGAACUAGGUCUCCCCCAUUACUAAACUCCUAGAGCAUUGAGGGAUCCAGGUAGAGCCAGGCAGAAGGGAGAAUCUGGGGAGAGAGGAGGAUCUCAGGCAUGAGAGAGGCCAACCAAGCCAGAAAGUACUUAAUGAAUCUGGCUUGGCGGAAGGAACCAAGGGGCAGAGGAAGAGUAGGGAACAACCCACUUUAGAAAACAGAGUCUUGUGAAUCCACAGACCUUGUGUGCCCCCUGACUCCAGCCGGCUCUCUGAUCAAAGCAAUGAGGAGCCAAAGAACACCACUGCUCCUUCCUCCCAAGGCUUAGUGACACCAUCACGAUGUAGCUUUAGGCUUAGAAGCCUUGUUGAGAACAGGAAUGGUUUGUUUCCUCCUCCUCCUUACAAUUUGGGAAAUACAACAAGGUAAACCAGGGACCUGUAGUUCCUGAUCCAAGCAGAAAGGAUUCCCUCACUUGUGACCCAGUU